AUGUGGGUUCCUAUAUUCUUCAAGGGGGAAUUUUGGGCUGCCAUGAGGAGUACGCAAAGGAGUGAGAGCAUGCACGCAUUCUAUGGUGGAAUCUUACACAGCAAGACUAGCUUGGUACAAUUUGUUCACAAAUACGACAAUGUGCUUGGAGCCAAGGAGCAGAGGGAAUUGGAGGAUGAUGCAGUAGACUCCAAGGGGGUAAUACCUUGUGCAACGAGCUCGCCUAUAGAGAAACAAUCUCAGCAGGAGUACACUACUAGCAUGUUUAGGGAUGUUCAAGUUGAGUUUGUGAAAAAGGCUGAUUGCAGAGCAUCAGUAGUUACUGAAGACUGGCCAGUGGUACGCAUGAAGGUGGAAGAGAAAAAAUUAGUAGAUGAUACUAUGAUCUGUGUUUCGUAUGUUGUCCACUUUGACCGCUCCACACAGGAGGUUCGUUGUGAGUGCAAUCUUUUUGAGAGUUCAAGUGUGUUGUGCUGUCACUAUCUUAAAGUUUUUCAUUCGUUUAAAGUGUAUAAAGUACCUACCUGCUAUGUUUUCCCUCGUUGGAGCAAGAAUAUAAAGCGCAAGCAUACUUAUAUCAAGAGUAGUCACGACGUCAGUCGGUCAGAUGUGAGUCAUAAUGCAUUCAAGGGAUUAUGUGCACACUUUUACAACAUUGCGCAGGAGUUCGUAAACGACGACGAUGAAACAGCAUUGCUGCAUGCUGCUCUAGAAGAAAAAAGGGCCAAGCUAAGCGAGCACCGUGCUAAGAAGAGGUCCAGAGCGUGGCGGAGACCCACACCAGCAUUGGUUCACAAAAUUCAAAUGUUCUCGGUGUUGUCGACAUCCAAUGCCCAUUGUUGGUCUCUACAAAGGGCCGGCCAAAGAGUAAGAGGCUCGGAUCAACCCUUGAGAAGUCCUUCAAGAAAUCUAGUCGGAGGAAAAACAAGAACGCUUCCCCAGUACAAUACUUGUGUCAAUAUGACUUGA